AUGACUUCUGGGCAGCUGAAGGGCUCCAAAGAAGCGGAGGCGCUCGCGACGCCCGGCUAUUGGGAUGAUCGCUAUUUGCAAUCCGACGGCGAGAACCCGACGCACGAAUGGUUCAGGUCGUUCGAGGCGCUCGAGCCCUUCUUCACGAGACACCUCUUCGAGCCGCGUAGCGCAGACCAGAAACCGCGGAUCCUGCAUCUGGGGUCGGGCGACAGUACCAUUCCCUCUGACCUCGCCGUCCGGGGAUACAAAAAUCAGCUUUGCGUCGAUUUUUCUACCGUCGUCGUGAAUCUCAUGUCUGCCAGGCACGAGCAGGAGAAGGGGAUCGAGUGGAAGUGGGCCGAUGUGCGGAAUAUGACGGAAAUAUCCGAUGGCUCCAUCGACGUGGCAUUUGACAAGGGCACGUUGGACGCCAUGAUCUCCGGAAGCCCGUGGGACCCGCCGGAUAUUGUGAAACAGAAUACAGGGCAGUAUAUUAACGAGGUCUUCCGCGUGCUCCGCGACGACGGCGUUUUUCUCUACAUCACCUACAGGCAACCCCAUUUCAUGAGACCCGUGCUGAAUCGGGAUGACAUCUGGGAUCUCCACAUGGAGACGCUUUCCGAGGGCGAAAGCUCGUUCGAUUAUUACGCCUUUGUUUUGACAAAGAAGAAGAAGCAGGACGAAUAA